AUGCGAGUGCCACGUAAUCGACAAAAGGCUUUCCUUGCGAGCCAACAAAAACGACCAACGACGCAGCCUUUCAGGAUAACGCUAUCCACCUGGCGCAGAAUCUUGUCCAGAAACACGGAUGAGUUUUGCCGCAAUACCACUAUCCAUGGUUUAAAGUACAUCAACAACAGCAAAUUGCGAAGCAGUGAUAGGUUAUUUUUCGGAAUAGCCCUGUUAGUGGUACUUGCCCUCGCUAUUUACCUAAUACAGGACGCCUUCGAUAAAUGGACCACGAACCCGGUUAUUGUGGGCAUCGAUCCGGAGCUAACAUCCAUUGCCAACGAGCCCUUUCCGGCAGUAACAAUCUGUAAUUUAAAUCAAGCUCAGGCCGAAAGAGUCGAAAACCUUUCCAACGACUCCGUGGAGUUCGCAAUGCUGCAGUUGCUCUGUCGACGGAAGGUGGACGUGGACAUGGUGAAGAGCAACGAUUCCCGCUGGGAGGAGUUUAUACUGAAUAUCUCACAGCCCUGCAAAUCAAUGGUUAUUCACUGUCGUUUUGGCGCCGAUGAUUACGAAUGUGCACGCUUAUUUCACCCCAUCGUGACCGAUGAAGGUCUAUGCUGUGUUUUCAAUAUGCUGCAUCCCAGGUUUAUGUACCGGAAAAGAGUUCCCUACUCGCAUCGGAAUAUAAGUCUGCCUGAGGGAUUCCAUGCUGUCAAUUGGCAUGCGGAGAUGGGAUAUCGCAAGCGAGGCUUUCAGCCGGAUGGGGAUAAUCCUCUGUACCCUCGAAGAGCCCAAGGAACAGGGGAGUCGUUGGGACUAUCGCUGACCCUGGAUGUGCAGGCGGAUGCCUACUACUGUUCCUCGUCCAGCAGCGUUGGCUUCAAGAUCGCCCUGCACAGCCCGAACGAAUCGCCGAAUGUCCGCGAGACCGGAGUCCUAUUGGCACCCGGAAUGGAGACCAAACUGCGCAUAGAUCCGACCAAAAUCGUUACGGAGAAGCACCUACGCAAUGUGGACCGUCGGAGCAGGCGUUGUUUAUUCCACAAUGAGCUAAAACUUCGCUGGUUCGCCCACUACACCCAGAGAAAUUGCGUGGCAGAGUGCCUUUCCGGCUGGCUAAUCCGCCACUGCGGCUGUGUGACCUUCUAUAUGCCCCGAUUGAACGCGAACGAUACCAUAUGCCCGCCGCACAAGAGGGAAUGUGUUGAGCUUAUUCGAUUUAGAACCAUAGUUGCGAUGGAAUCAUGUCUUGACGAGUGCCUGCCGUCGUGUUUCGAUCUCACCUUCACCGCAACUGCCUAUUCAACGAGAAUCUCGCACGACGGCUUUAGGGAGACAUCUUCGAAUGGCGGCUGGAACUUCACCGAUUCCUAUGUGGAGCGCAGUGUUGCGGUGGUGAAUAUGUAUUUCAAGGAUCCGACCUUCCGAGCAAACAAGCAGACCGAGUUCAUAGGCUUUUCCGAUUUUCUAUCUGGCGUUGGAGGUCUUAUGGGUUUGUUCCUCGGCUUCAGCUUUCUCUCCAUUGCCGAGUGUGUUUACUUCGCCUUGAUCCGACCGUGUCGCACUUGCUCGGAGAUUCGACAACUUAAUCAGCCAAAGGUGCAUCAAAUGAACUUAAAGAAGAGUCCGACCCCUGGCAACAUUAGAUACAUUUCAGCAGCAAAUUGGUUUCAGGCCGAGUUGGCCCAUCAGCAGCCCAACAACAGGCAGCACUUUAAUCCUGCUUAA